AUGGCGGCGGCGGAGCUGCAGGAAGCUGCGGGCGCGCUGGUGGAGCGGCGGGCGGGCGGCGGGGCGGUGCUUGGGGUGGCCGAGUGGCCGAGGGAGGCCCCCCCGGCGGGCCCCGCGAUGGGCUUUGCCCGCGACCUCCUGGGCGACGAGCGCCGCGCCCACCGUUGCCCGGUGCCGGGGGUGCCGGUCGCGGCGGCGGCGGCGGGCGGCGGGCGGCGGAGAGCGCUGAAGCGCGGGCUGCUGCUGGUGCUGAGCGGGGCGGUGCGGGGCCGCGGGGCGGGCCGCCUGCGGGAGGUGGUGCGGGACGUGCGGGGCCGCCUGCCCGCGGCGCCGCCGCCCGCCGUCGUGGGCGUCCUGCUGCCCGGCGGGGACGGCGAGGACGCGGCGCGUGCUGGACGCCGCGUGCGGCACUUCCCGGCGCCCGGCACGGUGCAGGCGGCCCGGUACAGCCCCGGCUGCCGCGAGUGCCGCGCCGCCGCCUGCCGCGCCCUGCGGGCCGCCCUGCAGCACCCCGCAGAAGAGGGGAAAGACAGGGAGAGGUGGAGGCUACCAUCCUUCCUGCGGUGCAUUUCUUGGAAACAGAGGAGCUGGAGAAAAGAUCACAAAGCAAAAGCUGCAAACAACAUUCAUGAAGGUGGCCUGCAGGACCCCGAGGAAGAAGUGGCUCUGACCAGCCUGUCCCCCAAUGGAAACUGCGAAGAAGCUGCUGGAGGCACAGGCACCUAGAGCUGCUGGGCACCCAGCACAGUCCACAUCCCAGAUCUGCCCGCUGGAUUUGGAGCAGUGGGAGGAGGAGCUGGUGCAAUGCUCACUCACCCUCUCCUCCAAGGACCCACCACUCCAUGGAGAAGCUGCUCAGCUGAACUCCUCAGGGUCUUCUGGAGCUGCCGACAGCCUCUGGGGUCUGUGCCAGAGAGCCAUUCCCUGCUGUGCCUGGAGCUGCUGCUGGACACUGGGCUUCUGAGAAGGCCUUUGGGGAUGUAUCCCAUAUCCUGGGCAAGAUAACGUUGGGAAUUUGAGCAUGAAAUGCAGCCACCUGUUUGAAGAAUGAGGAGCAUUUUCUAAUUCUGAGCAAAGUUCCCUGCUGAGGCUGCCAGGGCUGGCCUCCCUGGCAGACCAAUUCUGCUGCCUUGUUUUCCUGCUUUAUUGGUGCUUUGAAGUUCCCACUCUCUUUGUGAUUGAGCCAAAAAAAAAAAAAAAA